AUGAUAUCGCCCAUUGUAUCUCCCGUUCUUAAUAAUGCAGGUCCUAAAGCUUCUCAACGCAAUUCCAUCGCUGAUAUUACCAAUGAUAAAGAUGUCGAUAUUGAUACCGGUAAAGAAACUAUAUUAAAUGUAAGUCGACAAUCUAGCUCGGUCAAAUCUAAUGAGUUGCCGAAACAGGGAGAGGACCGUCAUAGAUCUAGCUCCUUGGUGGACCCAAAUGAGAUUGAUAAACUUGAAAAAAUUAAAUCGAGUUCCAAGUCAACGGUAUCAAAACCCCGUAGAUAUCUGAAACCACCGGUUUGGGCUCAAGAAUGGCGUCCUAAUUCUUCUUCUAAUGGGUUUCAUGAUGAACCAAUUCAAUUUGCUAAUGGUGGUAUUGAAGGCUCAUCGUUAACUGAUAAAUCCGUUUUCAAUCGUUCCACUACAGAAAGUGUUGAUUUAGAAUGUUCAAUAACAAAUACUAUACCUGCUCCAAGUGUUGUGCGUACAAUUGCAGAAUGGGUUUAUGCUAAUUUCAUCGAGAUUCCUCAUAUAAAUCGUAAAUACGUUGAAUUAGAAUUGAAAUUUGGUACAAUUAUGGAUAAAGCCGCUGGUAGAAGACUAGAUAUUAAUGUUUCCACCGAAUGUAUCUACACCAAUACCUCAGCAAUAUACUUUGAUUCCGGUGUUCAUGAAGUUGGUUGGAAUGAUAUGAAAAGUUUUUUAGAUGAAUUGGAAAAACAAUACCAAGAAGAAUUGAAAAAAUCAAACUCAAAAAUCCCAAAAAGAAAAUUUUCUACAUUAGAAACUGAUAUAACCGAUGACAUUUAUCAAAUCACUCAAAGAGGUGAAACUCCAAAAUCAAUCAGAGUCUCAAAAGAUAAUAAUUUAGAUCCUCCAAGAUAUAUGGCUAUUCAUAAACAAAGAAUCUCGGACUUAUAUAUCCAUAAUCCUUCAUCUAUGUAUGACUUGAGACUCUCGUUAUCUUUCGAACAUCCAGUUCCUGAAAAUAGUAUAGAACCAAUUCAAAAAAAUAAUAAACCUGCUAUAACUAGAUUGAAAAAACGUUCUUCUUGGAGUCAUCGUCCAACAGUGACAAGAUUUGAUAUGACAAGAGUCUUAAGACCAAAAGAAAUCAAAACCAAACUGGGUAAAACCCAAGUUGAACAUGACCAAUCUUUCGAAGCUGAAUUGGAAAUCGAUGUUCACGAAUUAUUCACAGGUUUCGAUAAGUUUAAAGAUGGUUCCGAUAAUAUCAGAUUCGAAGAAUUAGUGGAAAUCUUCCUAAACAACGCCAGAUGUUUGAACAACAGGGUCACCAGAUUGGCCAGUGCAGGUCAUUAA